GCGGGGGGGGGGAAAUCUGAUUGCUCGUGAGUACGCAGAGGUGUCUCGUUUAUAGGCAGGCGGGGGAAUCAUCUGACAUCCACGUCAAAGCCGAGCACUCGUGUGUGGAUUCCCAUACAGCCUCCAUUCACGGCUGGAGAGGGGUUGAUCUAAGCGUAGCUCACUCUAGCGAGCGAGCCUGAAACCUCUCCCACCUCGAGCGUGUGAUCAAAUGGAGCUACUCAAUCGGGGGAUGCCACUAUUGACUUCCACCACCGCCGCGCAGUUUCCACUAUCAAUAAUUUAAUCGGCAUUUGCGGCAGAAACGGAACGGGGGGGGGGGCGGAGAGGAAAAGGGAUGAGGACGCCUCGCGAAAGAGGUUUGGGCAAGAAGGUGGGGAGUUUUGAUUUUAAAGCCGCCCUUCGGUGUUUUAAAUGCUAUUUUUCUUUUCCGACCAACUCCACCGUCAGAGCCGGAGGUUGCCAUCCAGGCAUCUCCCAUGCCAGCUCUCAGCGCCGUCUUUCGCGGCUAGGCGCCUAAAAGAGAGAGAGAGAAAGAGAGAGAGAGAGAAAAGGGCGAGCGAGCGAGCGAGCGAGCGCAAGUUCCACCAAGUGAAAAGAGUGAUGACCAUCCUUUUCCUUACUAUGGUUAUUUCAUACUUGAGUUGCAUGAAAGCUGCCCCCAUGAAGGAAGUUAGUAUCAGAGGACAAGGCAGCUUGGCUUAUCCUGGUCUUCGGACACAGGGAAAUCUGGAGGGCCUCAGUGGGCCCAAUGAUGCCACCAGAGGAUUAACAUCUUUGGCAGACACUUUUGAACAUGUCAUUGAGGAGCUCCUGGAUGAACAGCAGGUCAUUCAGCCCAGCAAGGAAAACAAGGAUGCAGACUUGUACUCAUCACGAGUGAUGCUAAGCAGUCAAGUGCCUUUGGAGCCUCCUCUGCUUUUCCUGCUUGAGGAGUAUAAAAACUACUUGGAUGCUGCAAACAUGUCCAUGAGGGUCCGGCGCCAUUCUGACCCUGCUCGCCGUGGGGAGCUGAGCGUGUGUGACAGUACUAGUGAGUGGGUGACAGCAGCUGAAAAAAAGACUGCAGUAGACAUGUCCGGAGCAACGGUUACAGUCCUGGAAAAAGUCCCAGUGCCCAAAGGCCAACUGAAGCAAUAUUUUUAUGAGACCAAGUGCAGCGCGAAGGGUUAUGCAAAAGAAGGCUGUAGGGGCAUAGACAAAAGGUACUGGAAUUCCCAGUGCCGAACUACUCAGUCUUACGUCCGCGCUCUCACCAUGGAUAACAAAAAGAGAGUUGGAUGGCGCUUUAUAAGAAUAGACACUUCCUGUGUUUGUACACUGACCAUAAAAAGGGGAAGAUAGUGGAUUCAUGUUGGAUAGAUUAUAUUGAGACAAAAAUUAUCUAUUUGUAUAUAUACAUAACAGGGUAAAUUAUUCAGUAAGAAAGAAAAUAAUUUUAUGGACUGCAUGUAUAAAGGAAGUUUAUACAGUACCGUGGUUCCACAAUCUAUUUAUUGAACAUGUCCAUUACCUAAAAGGGAACAAAAGGAAAAAAAAUCCAUUUGUGCACAACUUUAAAAACAAACAAAAUUGCAUUACAUUCCUCUAACAUUGUGAUUUGUUGCCGUUGCCAAGAAUUGAAAACUUAAAAAAAAAUUAAAAAAAUAAAAUUGCAUGCUGCUUCAAUUGUGAAUUGAUGAUAAACUGUCCUCUUUCUGAAAAAAAAAUUGAACCAAAACAUUCCGUUUACAUUUUAGACAGUAAGUAUCUUUUUUCCUGUUAGUAUUAUAUCUGUUAACUGCUUUUAAAUUCUGGUAGCGUUGGAAUUAAAAUAAUGUCAAGGUGCUGUUGUCAUAGUUUUCCUGUUGACGUUUUUUUUUUUUUUUAAGUUUAAAAUUCCCACAUGGUUUGAAAAUAGGAGAGACCCUUCUCCCUGCCAUUGACAUAUAUAUUCUGGAGAAACAAAUUCGGGGUUUUUUUUUGUUUGUUUGUUUGUUUCUUUUUUGUAUGUUGUGAAGGUGUUUGCAAUAUCAAAUCAGACUACUGAAAAAAAAAAAUAAAGAAGAGGCAACUAAAAAAAGUCAAUGCUGAUCUUCUGCCCAGUGCUCUUUUCUAAUCUACACUACAAGCUACCCUUCCAUUUUGGUUACAGACCAUGGGGAUUCCUUGAAUUUUGCUUGUAACAGCCUUUUCCAUCCUUCAGCUAUGUGGAGAGUGCAUGUCUCAGAAUCCCCACUUAAAGCUGCAUACCCAGCACAUACGGAGGUCACUAGGUUGACAAGUGCUGGCUUCUAAAACAUUGUUUCAUGUUCGGGUUGCGUAUGGGGUCUUCUUAUCUUGGGAAGCAAAAGCAUCAUAGUCUCUUUCAGAUGUAAUUCUUUUCCCUCUCCCAAGGUGUUGAAAACAAACAUUAUAUUUCAAUCAAACAUGGAAGAACCACACAUUGAUACGCAUCCAUUAUACUUGAUGCUAGAUAUUCUCAAGCUUUAAUAGAUACAUCUAUUGAUGGGGAUGGAGAAUCAUAUCCCCAUAGGAGAGUCACUGGCCAUACAGCCAGGUUAUAUCAAGACAACUAAUUUAUUGUGAUUGGAAAACCAAUAUUGUUAAAUAACAUUAUUAAAUCCCAAGGAAAAAUAAUCUGAACAUCUGAUCAUAUUGGUGCAAAAAUGGCUAACAUGCCAUUAUUAUUGUAAUUAUAGCACUGUACAGCACUUACUGAGGGUUUAUAGCUAAUUGGCUUCUGUUCGCAAUGGCAGGUGUAGUAAUCUCAACCGAAUAGCACCCAUGGAAACUCAGUGAAACUGUAAAGGAGAUCCAUGAAAUAUAAUAUACAUAGUAAAGCCUGAUCUUCUUAAAAUAAAAGUAAUGUCUAGAAUAUUUUCAUUUUCAAGUAUCGGCUUUCUGUACUAUGAAACAAUUCAGGCUGCAAGGAGUGGCUCUGGAAUCAGAAAGUCAGAGCCUUCUACCUCAAAACCUAACUACCUGUUGCUUUUAAAUAUGGCUAUAUGCAUCUAUGUCUUUCUAAAGGGUAGCACAAAAUAGCCUUAACUCCUAUAGGGAGCUUUGAUUUAAAAUCCCUAAACGAUGGGAUACAAACCUGGCAUCGGUUGUAUGCACUUUAAUUAUAGCUGAUUUCAGUGGGAUGCACAUGCAAGAAGCUGACCACAGAAUUAAAGCCUUAGGCCAUGGAUAAUGAUAAACAAAUCCAACACAACCCAGAACACAAAUAGUCAAUUAGUCUAAUAUAUACAAGUAUUUUUAUUCUUGCAAGAAGUUUGAAGAAGUGCAUUUUUUCCUAAGAGCAUUUCUCAUAUGAUCCAUGUAAUAACAAUGUUAUUUAGUAUCUAGCAUUAUUUCAUAGCAACAAGGCACGCUUUCCAGGAUUAUUUGUUUUGCUACAAAUAAAUAUUUGUAACAUAUAAAUAGGUGAAGAAAGUUUGGACUGUACCACUUCAGACUGCAGAUAGAAUACCUCCCUCUCCAUUUCUGAAGGACAACCUGCUUAGAAAGUCAACAAGAAGGCUAAACAAAAGCCCUACUCUUUGAUUAGUAGUUUCCUGGGAGGAGGAGCUAGAGAAGCCUAAUUCAGUCUUUAAUACAGUUUAGGCAUAGAUUGGGGGGGGGGUAAGUGUUUGAGUGAAUGAGGCUAGCAAAAACUAAGAAAAUAUUUCUUGACCAAAAUCUGUGUUUUUUAAAGAUUAAGAUCUCAGAAUAUGUCUUACUUAAAGUAUCUGUAACUUAGGUAGCAGCUACUGUAAUUCCACUAUUGGAAUUGUUACUUUAAUCAUGGAAACUAGUCAUCCCAUAUCAUUAAUAUGCAAGUGUAGAGUUAUCAAGAAGAAAAUGUGGACAUAGAAAAAAUCUAAAUAUAUAUUCUUAAAAAAAACUAAAAUAGCGAAGCUUUUUACUGGCUUCUAAUAUUUGAAAAAUAGGAUUGAUUCUGAUUAAACUGUACAUGCUGUCCUUAGACAUGAGUUUAGUAUUAAAGUAAACCAAUGCUGUUGAUCAAUGACACUAAGCAGUAAAUACCAUUUCAUUAUUCAACAAUAUCUGCCUAAAGUCAGGCAACCAAAUGGUUGUUAAAGCAAAACAGAUAGAAAAUUAUCCUUUGUAAGGAAAGAUGUAGCUGGAGCUAACUCACAUUGUCCAGCCUAUGACCAUCCCUUUCUUUAACCUGUUCCUUUAGACCUAUAAUAAUAAUACCAUCUUCUUAUUAUGAAAUGGAAAAGAAUAUCUGUUGUAAAAAUCCCUAUUAAAUAAAUAAAAAGAUUGCAUAAAACCAUUCCAUAUAAGAAGGUCUUUUUUGUUCACACAAUUGAGAGCAGAAAUAGAAAGGAAGCCUUGUAAUCUCUGAGAUAUUUCCAUAUCCUGAUUUUCUUAAUCUAUUAGCUUAAAUUUUCUUUCUCUGUGUCACUCUUACAUAACUUUCUUAACUACAGUACACAGAUUCAACAAUCAUCAUAUUCAUAAAAAAACAAUUUGUUUCCCUCCAACCCUGCCACCUGAAUAGGGAUUUCUGAAAUAAGCCAUCCAAAUUCCCUUAAAUGAUGAGCAACAACUGUAGUCUGCAGUCUAAAAGAGUUAAACAUAAUCAAAAUUGCAUAUAAAAUAUGCUCUAUUAGUGUGACCUGUGAAAGGGGGAAUAUAGAACAUAUUUAUUUAUUAGUUAAAUUUAUAUGCUACCCAUCUUGCUAUCCACAGUGGUUUUGGAUAGGCAUAAUCUUACUCUGAACUGAAAAUGUUGCUAUUUCAUUUUAAUUUUUAACAGUAAAAAGAAAUGAAUUAACCAAGAUGCAAUUAGAAAUACCGGUAUCUAGAAUUAGUUAGUAUUAAAGAAAUAUCUCCCUGAUGGCUAUGAAAUAAUAAUAGAAACAAUAGCAGCAACUUUUCUGAGUAUAAGAUGCCAACCAAGACAUUGGGGAUAGACAAUGAGACACAUAAUGGUAUAAGCUUAUAAACUUUCCAGUUAAAGUCUAACCUCCUCUAGUUGCUGUAGGGUUCCCAUUUUAUCCAACAAGAAGGAUGAGGCUUGAGGAUCACAGAAUGGGAAUGUAAUAUGAAGGUGCAUUUCAUAUAACUAACAGUAGUAAACAUAGACUGAUAACUGCAUUUGAAAUGUGCAAAUAGUCACAGAUCUUUACUAGGAUACAGAAACAUUAAAGAAAUUUGCUAUGCAACAAAUUGCCAUUUCAUGAAUUAUUUUCCUAAACAUUGCAAUUAUUUUUAAGCUCUCCCCCCCCCUCUGCAUGCCCGGCCCCAUCACUAUUUUUAACACCCAUUAGUUAGUCUAGGCCAGACCUACUAUUGCAAAAUACACUACAACAGACUUGGCAGUUUUAGUGGAACUGAGAUUUCAAAAAUGUCAGUCAGUUGACGUUUUGCUGUGUUUUGUCUGUGGCGGAAAUAUUUCAUUGUCAUUGGCCCUAUUGUUUUGUUUUGAAAAAAAUUGGAAAUGUAAGUUAAUGUUUGUGGCCUUGUUCUCUCUUAUUCUCCAUGUAUAACAGAUAUUUAUUGUAUAUUUAUAUAAUUUUAUGGGACUUUUUUGGAAAAAAUGAAUCUGGCAUUAAACCUUACAAGA